AACGAGGACCCAACACCACAGGAUGGUUGCGAAAAAACAAUCAGGUAAAUGUUCGCCUUCAGUGAAGCAUGCGUGUCUUCACUCAGCUCAUUUCAGAAAAAUGCCUCCAAGCGGCCUGAGCUCGGCCACUACUGAACGAUCGAAGCUGUCAGAAAGCCACGAGCGUUCAACGUCGAUCGAACCACGCGGUGUGGGACACCAACGCACAAGUCGUCACUACAGUAGGUUGGCAUUGUGCCGAUGCGGCGGCGACCCCAGCGCAUCGGCUCAAGAUUGAACGCCGCCAAUGGCCCGAAUCAACGGCCAUCGAUCGAUUUGCAAUAUCGGGAAGCCGCGUUCGUUCAAAGUUGAGAUAUGCACGCGGUGUCACAAGCCACCGCCGACGUCAUCGCGACAUGAACCCUCAAUUAUCACCACUACUAAGCAUACCCCAGGCCAUGCUGGACCCUGGCAUGGUGCAUACGUUAGACCUGCUUAGAAGCCUUGUGGCGCGCACGAGCGCAAAGGGAAGAAAAAGGUUGCUGAGCAUGGUCUCGGCAUCGUUAUAUAGCACUGAUAAAAUAAGCAUUGACAAACUAUUUGGUGAAUCAUGCAUCUAUUAAUGACAACAUUCACAUCGAAUACUUGCUCAGGCUCAAACAAACAAGCGCACUGAAUGCUGACAGGGAAGAGGGAGGGUCGAAAAAAAGGGCCUGGCUGGGAUGGUGCGAACUCACUUUUUGGGUGCAUGGUCGUGAGAAUGAACACGGGGAAAAAAGCACGCGAAGGUGAAUCCUCAAGUCAGGCCUCGACCUGGGGGAACCCAGUACUCUUGGACAAAGGGGAACCUACGGGGUUCAAUAUCAAUGCGAUGGGGCGGCGACUGGCGAGCAUCGUGCCAAAACCUGGGACACGACAGAACAUGACAGGACACGUCCGCGCAUGGGCACCACCCACGGUGCUGCGGGUGCGGCGCCAGGACGCCGGAAAAAAAAAAUGGUCGCGCAGCGUGCUCAAAUGUGACGUGACGUACACUUGUAUCCAGUUUCUCUGGGCGACGAAAACAAUCCCCACCCCCACCGGGGAAACCUUGGCCCCGCCGGGCAAUCUGCCCACCCUGAUGGGGACGGGCACCGUCUCCUUCGGGUUUCGGAGCACCCAUCCCUACCUCGAGGGGGCACGCUGGGAGAGCCAAGUUACCCUUCACGGUGGGGGCGGGAUGAUUCUGACGAUGAUGGCUCUCGUUCCGAGGAUCCCGAUCCGCGAACAGGGCGGCGACGAGGCGGCGACGGGCGGGCACGGAGCGAAGCCUCGGGGGGCCAGACCAGUGCACGAGGCGGCGGCAUGGCCGACACCGGCGUGGCAGCACGUGGAGGUGCGUGAGACACUGGAGGGGGCAAAUCUGCAUCGACUGUGCAACACAAUCGGGCGAUGCUGCGCUAUGUUGACAGAAUCGCCGUGCGAGCAGAAUGCCGCCAGGAAGCUUCGCUACACAGGAGCGGGGUCACCUUGGUUAUGUCACCUGCCGCUGCGCAACACACACGUAGGACUUGAACUGUCCAAUCCGCACGCGGCCUGCCAACCUUCUUCACGGCCUGCCAUGGCUGGCACCCGCUCAAAGCCCCACAAACACAGCCAGCGCAUGAGGCGGCGACGAAGGGCGCACGCGGACACCAGACGGAAAUCCAACAAACCCAGUCAGAACACGAGGCGGUUACGAGGCGGCAUCAGGCGGGCAUCAGCCGAACCCCCAGAAAACCGAACCAAUUACUUCGAGGGAAAAAACAAGAAGCGAUGACUGGGGAAUUCCCCCAUACUCCUACUUCUGAUUCUUAAUUUGGCGCUCGUGUCCACGCUGUCUCUGACUUCUUCGAGGAGCCUCCUCGGCUUUCGACAUCUGCCAACGUGCCUUGAGCAACAAAUGGAGCGCCCCAAAGCUCAUGCAGAUGCGCAUACGGAAUAAGACGAUAACAGGAUUUUGACAGCCCCAAGUUACUGGCCUCGGACGGGGCGCUGGGCAAGCCCAGUAUGUCCCCCGCCCAAAACGACCCCAAGAGCCCUGGCCCCACGGGCACCCUUUCAGACACCUCGGGAGACCGUGGCGGAGCGGGCCGCCACUUACGCGAUUGCCGCACACACGUCCCUAUGACAUGCACAUGCCCACGCCAAACGUAUGCGAAGUCCGCCCCAUAUCCCGUAAACCUGUUGACAAAUGCCUUCGUCGUCGUCCUUUGUCUUCGGUGAGACUGGAAUACCGUUGUCGUCAGAUCCAGAGUCUUCCGCGAUCAGAACCAUGAUGCAAUCGCCCCCGACUCUCAAUCAUAGGGCAAACCGGAAAAAUGUUUCACCCGAUAUUGACAUAGCCGUUCAGCUACGGCGUCCACAACGUCCUCGCCUGAGCCAGGGGCGGCGGCAACGUUGGCCACGGUGAUGGACGAGGGCGAGAAAAGUGCUGGGUCUCGGCGAUCGACGAACUGGAAGUCCAGUCCGCGGACAUCAGAAACGAGUAGGACGCGUCCGAGUUUCUUGGCUGCCGCGCCUGCGCUGUCGCCUGAGGGCGCCGCCUCAUCGGGUCCUGGCAAGGCGACCUGGCUCUUCUGCACCACGUCUUUGAAAGCCAGGAAGCCCGAGCACGCCUUCUCGGCAUCGGCACCGACCACGAAGGACUUCAGGUACGCGGGGAUCCCUAAAUCCACGAUGGCCGAGAUAGACUUGUAGACACCCAUCACCGUGGACUCCAGCACGGACGCGAUAACGCGGCCAAACGCCUCGCUCACGGCAUCCCAGUCGGCCUGCGAGGUCACGCAAGGCGCCUCUGAUACUGCCGAUGACCUUGUGGUGGGCUUCCGCCGCAUCACGAUCAUUUUGUCAAUGGCUUUCACGGCCUCCAGCGGCUGGAACUUCCCAGGAGCCUGCAAGUAGAUGCAGGUGUUCCAGUCCACCUCCUUGACGAAAGCGUGGCAUACGAACCGGCACCGAGCUUCUUCGCAACAUCGCCGAUCUCAUCCGCCUGCGCGGGAGGGCCGAACGCCGCAGCAGCGGAGGCUGCAGCAAGCGGCGCGACGCGAUCGCGCACGGGCCCUGGCACAUAGGCGCCCCUGCGAAGGCAGCCGGCUGCCGCGAGCGAGCCGCCGAGAGCACACGGCGAAAGCGAGCCAUUUCGACGCUGCCGGGGUCGAGCGAUUUGCUUUGGAGACGAAGUUGAGCCAAAGAAAGUCUUGAACUAAAUGGUUACUGAACAUCAUGGCGAUCGACGAGGACGAGGACGAGGUAUGCUCGCCAUGGUCACGGUGCUUGAAGGGCGCACCAGGCCCCUAGCAGAAUACGCCGCUGCCAACAACCCUGAAAAUGGAGGCAGAGGUGGCAGACAA